AUGAAAUUAGUCAGGUUUUUGAUGAACUUGCCAAAUGCUACAAACCAGCCAAUAACGGUGGAGUUGAAGAAUGGUAACUCCAUAAAUGGUCAAAUAUUGUCGUGUUCACCACUGAUGAACUUAUCUAUGAAGAAUAUCAAGUUGAGCCAACCUCAUCAAGAUCCUCAACUUUUACAGUUUAUAAACAUCAGGGGUAACCAAAUCAGACAAAUACUAUUGCCAGAUGAACUAAAUGUUGACAAUGUUUUGGCCAGGAGUGUGGUUAAGAUAAAAGGAAACGGGUCGGGUCCAGGUAGCAAAGAUUUAGCAAGCAGCACCAAUAAAGGUAGAAAAGGUGGUAGACCGACUAGAGGUGGACGUGGCGGGUCAAGGGGAGGCGGGUCAAGGGCUUUUUAG